CGCAUCUGUUUUCAGACUCAACUAGAGGUGGUGGUGUGGUUUCAUAAGUUUGGUGAAAUACUUCUUGAGAUCUCAGCCAAAGUUCAGUUGGAGCCUCCCAUUUGUUUGAGGCCUCAGAGACCGCAGCAGAUCAGGGGGAGGUGGGUGUAUCUGACUGGGACAGGGCUUGAAAAACUCUUGCGGGACACACUGACCCGCCAUCCACGCAACAAGGACUCCAUUGUCGCCCUCGUGCAGAACCAGAGAGGUCCGUUCGGGAUCGGGCUGAACGCAGGGGGACGGGCUUGGACGGCAGGCACGAGCUUCCGAUGCUGCAGCAGAGAUCCAGAAAAACAAGACAACAUGUCCAAGAAACUAUGUGGAACCAACUACCCGCUGAGCAUCUGCUUCAUAGUGGUGAAUGAGUUCUGUGAACGCUUCUCCUACUAUGGCAUGAAAGCACUGCUGACGCUCUAUUUCGUCACGUAUCUGAAAUGGGACAAAGACCUCUCCACUGCUAUCUAUCAUGCCUUCAGCAGCCUCUGCUACUUCACGCCAAUCCUCGGAGCCCUCAUCGCCGACUCCUGGCUGGGAAAAUUUAAGACCAUCAUCUACCUGUCCAUUGUCUAUGUGAUCGGCCAUGUGGUCAAGUCAGUGGGAGCCAUUCCCACUGUGGGAAACACAGACGUGCACAUAGCUCUGUCUAUGGUAGGCUUGAUACUCAUAGCUAUCGGCACAGGAGGGAUCAAGCCUUGCGUGGCAGCGUUUGGAGGAGAUCAGUUCGAUGAGGAGCAUGUUAGCGAGCGGCAGAAGUUCUUCUCCAUCUUCUACAUGUCCAUCAAUGCUGGGAGCCUCUUGUCCACGUUGAUCACACCUGUGCUCAGAGGUGACGUGCAGUGUUUUGGUGGGGACUGCUACGCUUUGGCCUUCGGUGUUCCUGCAGCUUUGAUGAUCGUGGCUUUAGUUGUGUUCAUUGCCGGCAGCAGUUUGUACAAGAGGAAUCCGCCUCAGGGAAACAUCCUGUUGCAAGUCUGCAAGUGUAUUGGAUUUGCAAUCAAAAACCGCUGGCGAAAUUCAAAGCAGGAGCCAAAAAGGAAGCACUGGUUGGACUGGGCCGAGGAAAAGUACUCGAAGCGUUUGAUUCAGGAAAUUAAGAUGGUUCUGCGGGUUCUGAUUCUCUACAUUCCUUUACCAAUGUUCUGGGCUCUGUUUGACCAACAGGGUUCUCGCUGGACUCUUCAAGCCACACGGAUGAACAUGGCAUUUGGAGAUUCCUUCAAUAUUAAGCCUGACCAAAUGCAGAUGCUGAAUGCUCUGCUGAUUCUUCUCUUUGUGCCCAUCUUUGACCUCAUCAUAUAUCCACUCGUUGGGCUUUGCAAAAUCAAAAUCACGCCUCUGAGGAAAAUGGCCACCGGGAUGAUUUUUGCAGCGCUCGCUUUUGUAGCAGCCACGCUGGUGGAGAUAAAUGUUGUGAAAACAGUGGUGGAUCCAGCACCUGCAGGAAAAUGUCUCCUGCAGGUCGUCAACUUAGUACAAGGAGACAUCAGCGUGAAAAUCCCUAAUAAUGAAAUAUUUCCAGACACCUUUGCAUACCUUCAGGACCCUCCUAAAUAUGAGAUGCUUGAACUGGAGACCUCCAGGACCGAUCUAAACAUUGAAGUUAGCUUCUCUGGAUCGAAGGUGGUUUGCCAGGAGACAUUUGAAGAACAGAAGGCUCACAGUCUCAUCAUAUACAAAGUUGACACUCUACUUCAGUGCAUGGUGGUGGAGGACAACAUACAGAAAAAUACAGAUGGAAAGCCUUUUGUGCGGUUCUUCAGCACUCUGCAGGAAGCCAUGAACAUCACUAUUGGGGAGGUGAACUUCUACGCCCCCCCUGGUUACAGAAUGUCUUCCAAUGACACUGUGGAUCGAAGAGAAUACCCAUCAGUCCCCUGUGACCUGCAGUCGGAGGACUGUCCUGAUCUCAACCUGGGCCUGCUGGACUUUGGAGCCUCUUACACCUUCAUACUCAUGAAGGAAUCAGGUAAAAUUGUGGCUGAAAAGAUGGAGGAUGUGAAAGCCAACAGCGUGCACAUUGCCUGGCAGGUCCCUCAGUACGUCCUUCUAACGGCUGGAGAAGUCAUGUUCUCCAUCACAGGCCUGGAGUUCUCCUACUCACAGGCUCCAUCCAACAUGAAGUCAGUCCUGCAGGCCGGCUGGCUGCUCACCGUUGCAUUUGGGAAUGUGAUAGUGCUGAUUGUGGCGGAGGGGGCGGGGCUGGAGCAGUGGAAAGAGUUUGUGCUGUUCGCCGGCCUCCUGCUGGGCGUCUGCAUCAUAUUCUCCAUCAUGUCCAUUUUCUACAAGUACGUUGACCCAGAAGGCAUGGACAAGAUUAACCUGGAGGACUCCAAGGAGGAAGAUGAGACUGACGAGAAGAAGAUUAGCAUGAAGCUGAACAAAAGUGCAAAGAGCACCAGAAUGUAAUUUUUUUACUCAUAAGCACCUUUGUUUUAAUUUGUCUCCUUUUUGCUAUGGUAUUAUUCUUCAAAAACCUGAUGUGACAUGACUGCUAGACCAUUCCUGUCGUUUGAAAUUCAGUAUUUCUCUCAGAAAUGCAUUCAGUGACAUUUAUUUUUUGCUAAGAUUUAAACAAAUGUCUGAAGGACAGCACGCACAAAAGAGGUUUAAAAGAUUGUUUUUGGAUUCAUCAUUUUACAGUAAUUACAUUCAUAUUUGAUGAUGUGCUGUAUGUUGUCUUUUUCUGAGGUAAAAUUGUAAUCACAGACUAUUGAAGCAGCAUCUGACUAAAUAAAUCUGAAGCAUAUUUUAAUGAAGUUUUGGUGCAACAUCCAGAUGAACAGUUUGAGAGCAGAUUUGUAAAAGAAAAGCACAAGAAAAUCUAAAGAUGUGAAAAAAAAUGUUUCCUUUGAGAAAUUGGAGAAACUGAUUUUAGCAACUGUUUGGUUCACAUUUCCAGAAUAACAACACAUUUUCAGUUGUCAAGAUGUUUUUUUAAAAACUCAAAAAACAAAACAAACAAAAAAAAAAGUUCUCAACUUUUAUUCUGACUCCAUCUGGUGGUGGACUGGAACACUUGUUUUGGGCAGAAAUGUGAUGAAAAAUGAGACCAUGUGCUUUUAAUUUGAAAAUACAUGUAAACAAUUAAAGCUUUCAGUUUGAGACGCAUAAACAAACCUUGUAAAUGUAUGUAAAUAAAAUGUGACUGGGAUUUGA